GCCCGCCUGCAGGUGCGGCCGCCCGAGCGCGGCUGCGAGGCCCAGUGGGUGGAGAAGGGGCAGGUGGAUCCAGCAGAACUAGUUUCUGCAGUAUGGUCUGGGAAGCCAGAAUGUUUUACUGGGAGGAGAUAGAUGUCGUCUCACAGAUCCAGAGAGGGCUUGUUAUCUACAUAUGCUUCUUCAAAGGUGCUGAUGAGGAUCUUGUCCCAAAAAUUGUCGAUACACUGUUGAAUGUUAAAUUAAGUGAAAACGAAAACGGCGAGUUUGUCUCUGUUCUUGAUUUACCAGGCGACGUACUCAUCAUACCACAAGCUACCCUAGGUGGUAAACCAAAGGGAAGAAGGAUGCAGUACCAUGCAAACAUUGAAAAAGAAAAAGGGUUGGAACUUUAUUCUCAGUUUGUGACUUUGUGUGAAAAAGAACUGGCUGCCAGUGCCAAAUGCAUGGAAGCUGGUGUUCUUGUCAAGCAUGGCACAUAUGGAAACAGGCAGGUGUUAAAACUGGAUACAAAUGGACCUUACACUCAUCUGAUCGAAUUUUGAAAAAAUAAAUUAUAUCCCAAAUACAGUACUGUUUUUGGGUUUUUUCUCCUAAGCAUUAAAGUGCUUGAUUGCCUUGGAAGAUAGUUUUAAAAUGACUUUCACUCAUCUGCACUGGUUUUCCCAAUCCCAGUGAAUUCCCCCUUGAGACUGCCUUGCUGUAAUGGGUACAUGUUUGUUAUUCAUAUGCAUCUGAAGUGUGCUUAAAAUAUUUGUUAAUAUUGAUCCAAUAAUUCAAAACAUUUAUCAACAAAGAUGGGAUAAUGCAAUCAUUUUUUACUAAAUAAUAAUGAAAGAAAUAUUACAUGUAUAGCUUGAAGAAGUGGUUUAUAGGUGAAAAAAGAAUACUUUAGAUGUACUUACAUCAAUUUUUACCUUUAUGUUUUCUAUCUAUAAAAUGAAAGUGCUUUCUAACUAACUAAUGUAGUUAAAACAAAUUCACUGAAUUUUAGCCUCUUAAAGAGUAAGUAUUAAAUAAGAAAAUCCAUCCCCCUCAACCUGAGUGUGUAAGGGUGGAAGAUUUAAGGUAGUACAGGACUGAUCAUGGGCUAUGCAGGGAAGAAUAAGUGAGGCACAUCUAGAAACCAGUAUCACUGAAUUGCUUGCUUGAAGUUUGCAUUUUGAAAUCUCUGAUGUGUUUUGAUAGGCUGCCUGCUAUAGCUUGGUCUAUGUCCUUGUUACUGUGGUCUUGCUGUCUACUCAAUUCUUUCAUAACAGAGCCUCAGGAAAAGAACAUAAACAUUCAUAUGAAAACAAAAUAAAGAUGGUACAGUGUACGCUGCCAUCUCAUUGUUCCCUCUUCCCCUAUUGCUUCCUUCCAGCUUUUUAUCCAUUGAAUCUGCUAGGCAGAGACUAGCUUUCCUUUUAUAGAAAAAUGUAUUGGUACAUUUGGGGCCCCUUUCCCAGCUGGCCCCCUAUGCAGUUCUGUUAUAAACAUUAUUAACAGAUGGUGUUAAGAAGAUAAUAUGGGAAAUUGUCUUGAAAGGAAGAACAGAACAGCUAUAUUAAAAUGUGGCAAAUUCAAAACUGA